AUGGCCGCCAUCUUGGAGCUGGCCUGCAUCUACGUCCCACACAACCAUGAAGGCACGGCAGAGGAUAAGAUCAAUGCCCUCAGACCAGGGGGUCUAAAUGUUUUUGCAAAGACCCUAGCCAAUGUCAACAUUGGAGCCUCAUCUCUAGGAGCUAGGGGAGCUGCCCCAGCAGCCAGUGUGGCACCUGCAGAAGGUCCCACUCCCUCCACUGGGGCUGCCCCAGCUGAGGAGAAGGAAGUAGAAGCAAAGAAAGAAGAAUCAGAGGACUCUGAUGUUGACAUGGACUUUGGUCUUUCUGCCCAUCCCUCUUCUGUAACCUGGUCAAUAAAAAGCUGA